GCCUGCCUCUGCGCCUGCGCCGCGCUUUCCUCCUCCUCCUCUUCCGCUUCCGCUUCCUUUCGGCGCACGCGAGCGAGGGAGGCCAGCCGGCGAGAUGGGCCACCAGCAGCUCUACUGGAGCCACCCCAGGAAGUUCGGGCAGGGAUCGCGCUCCUGCCGCGUCUGCUCCAACCGCCACGGCCUCAUCCGCAAGUACGGGCUCAACAUGUGCCGGCAGUGCUUCCGCCAGUACGCCAAGGACAUCGGCUUCAUCAAGCUGGAUUGACCCCCCCCACCUCUGGACGGAUGGCUUGGAGGCAACGUGAGGCAGAAGCCCCCCCCGGCCGGACUGGCUCCUCUCCCCAUAAGUGCCCCUGUGUCCAUCCAAUAAAUUGGGCCGUGGGGCAGCGGCCCCUCUGAUUUUUCUUCA